GCGAAGACGCCGGUCGGAGUCUAGUGGGUUCGGAGACUCGUGCUGGCGUUUGUUGCCAGUGUUUCGUCUAAGCACACUAGAUCCAAUUCAAACACAGAUAACUUAUGACAUAACCUCAAAAGCUUGGUAUCUUCACCGUGUGCUCGUGUUUACGCGUUGUGCGUGGUUUCGCGGAUUGUACAGUGCUUGAUCGGUUUGCCGUUCGGUUUCAUUUUUUAGUGUAGUGUGCAGAGUGCUCGACGCAUUCUGCGACAAACAGAUCAUCAAAAUUCGCGUCAAAAACAGAGAACCCGUUCCCGUUUACGCCAUGGAAAUGGAUCCGCAAGAACGGGAAAGUGAUAUGGGCGAUGACAGUCCAGUUUCCCAUAAUGAUGAAGAAAUAAGCGAUGGGGAUGGAGAAUCUGGUCGUGAACACGACGAUGUAGAUAGUUGUGACGACAUGCGAGGGCAUGGUGCAGGAAUUAUUGCAGAUCAUGGAGAUGUUCUUGCCAAGCUAAAAAUGCAAGUGAGAGACAUCAAGGUAGGGGACGAGUUCGAAAGUGCGAGACACCUGAACUUUCCCCUCUCAAACAGGAGCUUGCAAGAUAAUUUCCAUUUGCCAGCUCCGUUUCCAUUUCCGCAUCCAAGUACCCCGUUCAUGACACCACUGUUACCACCACCGACAGCUCCAUCUUCAGGAAGUUCACAUUCAUCAGAAGGCAGCGCUUCUUCACAACACACCUGGUCUUUCGAAGAACAAUUCAAACAGGUGCGUCAGUUAUACGAAAUCAAUGACGACCCGAAGAGGAAAGAAUUUCUCGAUGAUCUCUUCUCAUUCAUGCAGAAACGGGGCACUCCCAUUAACAGAUUGCCUAUAAUGGCAAAAUCCGUAUUAGACCUCUACGAACUGUACAAUUUGGUUAUAGCACGUGGCGGACUCGUGGAUGUUAUCAAUAAGAAGUUAUGGCAGGAAAUAAUCAAGGGAUUACAUUUACCUUCUUCGAUAACUUCAGCGGCAUUUACAUUAAGAACUCAAUAUAUGAAAUAUUUGUACCCCUACGAACACGAGAAGCUUAAACUCAGCACACCUGCAGAUCUUCAAGCCGCAAUCGAUGGUAACCGUCGGGAAGGCCGUCGCAGUAGUUAUGGUCAAUAUGACACAGUACAACGUUCACCAAAUCCAUCCCAAAUGUCACCCCUAUCACUAGUCUCGCAACAGCAACAGUUAGCUGCCCGCAUGAGCUCCGUCAUGAGUGGUGGUAUGGGUCUGCACAAUGGUGCUCAUCAUCCGAGUCAUCCGCAACCUUUGGGUCAACCACUAAAUGGUGGUCCUCUGCCUGGUUUGGCCCCGAAUGAAUUUGAAGCUCGUAUGAUGGAAUACGUUAAACUUCUGAAUAAAGAGAUUAGGACUUCUGCGGCAACUCCGCCUAGACCGGGCGAGAUCUCACCACCCAACGCUACAUCUCCUCUUAAUCCGUUGGAAUUGUCACGAAUAACACUCUGGAAUAUGUAUAAUAACAAUCAAACGCCGGUGGAACCUCAAAAAGAAGCCCUUAAUUUAUCCGAGCCCGCACAAGCUUCGAUUAAGCGGGAACCGGAACACAGGGAUUCGCCUCCACCGAAAAAGUUUUCUAAAGACGAAGAAGACCAUAAAUCGAUUUCACCUGCCACACAUAUCAAAAUUAAUAGCAGAGGGGAUGCCCGCAACGGAGAGAGUUCCUUAGUAGUCAGUAUGGAAUUAAAUGGGAUUACUUACCAAGGAGUCCUGUUCGCGCAAACUUCGCCAUCUAGUAGUAGAACUGCUCUAACUUCCUCUUAAGGGAUCAGAGCGAAUGAAUGUGAUGUAGAAAUCUGAUGAUUUCUUGAGGAUGAACUUUAUUUUAUUAAUAUUUAUUUUUUUUUAUCGCGUGUUUUUAGUGAUAUACCUAGUGCUUGUUCAUAGACUUCAUCAAUAGAUGAUACAGACGCAUUUUACAAAAUAUUGUGUUAUAAAGUUUAAUUCAACUUUAUUUUACUUAAAUAAAUAAUUAAAAAUCCAUAUGACACAGUGUUAGAUAUGUACAUGUUGCUUAGUACAAAAUAAAUGUGUUGUGGUAAACUGAUAGUUUAGUACAGCUUAUAACACACUGAUGUGAAAAAUUUACGGAAAAACCAGUUUUUUUUUUUUAAAUAGCAGAGGGUGUCUAAAUAGAAACCUGGUUAAGAGUGUUUUGGCAUCAACUUUUUUUCCGUAUGUCGUGUCCGAAAUGAAUUUUGAAAUCUUUAAACUGAGUUGAACAUCGAAAUGACAACUAUCUUGCACACGAUGACGAUACGACAUACGGAAAAAAAAUUAAAAUCGGAGCUCUUUUGACCAAAUGUUUAAUUAGGCACCCGUUAUUUAUUAUAGAUAAAAAAACUGUGUGGUAAAAUUUUUUAUCAAUCAACAAAUUUACAGUAUUUAGUCAUAUGGACUUCUACUUAAUACGUGGCCAGUUUACUUUUACUGUUGGUACCUAUGCAACAUUAAUAAUCACAUUUUUAUUAAGAAGUCAUCACUUGUAAUUACGUGCAAUGUAUUCAAAAACUUCAGUGUAACGUCUAGACAUAUUUAUUUUUAAAUAUUAAUAUUCAACUAUUAUGAAUUUCUUUUGUACACAUUUGCGCAUAAAAAAAGCGUACAACCCUUUGGAGCAAAUUUUAUAAUUUUUAAGCUAUGCGAAAAUUGUUUUUCAAUGUUGCUAAAAUUAAAUACUAAUAAAACAUUCAAUUACACAACUAAAAUGUAUGCUUUUCCGUGGAACAGUGGUGUAACUUUAGUACAAAAUAUAAAAUUAAAAAUAAAUUGCUGCUUGACAAGUUUUUGAAUAGAUUGUGUAUCUGUCUGUACUGUACUAAAUUUUAUUAAUUAUUUUAAUAUCACAUAAAAAAUAUAGUUUUAAUAAUAAUAAUAAUUUUAUGACCAUUCUAUUAGUCAUAAAAAUUUUUCAUUCAAUUAUUAAAACUAUAUUUUUUAAUUUAUAGAAAUUCGACUAUGGAAUAUUUUUGUUCUUUUGUACAUAGAUAGUAUAAUUAGUAGCAGUAUUGAGGUUAUAGUUGUGUGUUAUAUAUAUUUUUUGUAUAUCUACCAAAAGACUGUUAUUUUAUUAUUUUUUAAACAUAUUAUCCUAAAAUAGAUCAGUUACUUAUUUAUUAAGUCAUUCGUAAGUUAAUAUACGUGUAGCAAUAUUAGUCAAUAAGAAUAGAUCAUACGCAUUGUAAGUAUUGUAGUUUUAGAGUUUUAGAAGUAGAAAUUGUAGGUAGAAAUGUUAAAAAUGAUUAUCCCCGAAAACCAAACGUAUGAAAAUUUAUUAAUUUUUGAUCUGAUUAUCUCAGGGAUAUUUUACGGUAUUUUGCAAAACAUAUUCCUGCUUUUACUGUGUUCUAGUUUUUGUUAAAUGUAUUUGUAUGAAAGGACGAACGUUUUCAUAUCAUGAUGUUCAAUGUCUACUGUAAAUAUACUUAUCAAUAGACAUAUUCAUAAAUAA